CUUGUGGAAAUUUGAUAUCUCUCAGUCUCAGUCUCAGUCAACGUUUGUGUGUUUAGUAUGUACUGUACACAUAGCCGCCUCUUUGUUGAAUUCUUCCUCUUUAUCUGAAAAAAGCUCCGAGAUCUCGAGCCUCUCUUCAUCAUCCUGAUUAAUGGAUUCUUAUUUUUCCCUUACCAAAGUUGCUGCUGCUGCUGCAAUCAGCUUCUACGCCCUUUUUGGUUCAAUAUUUUUCACCAGAAAAUCUUCCACAUCUCAUCAUCACGAAAACAACAAAACACUGCCUUCUUCUUCUUCAACUCUCUUGGCUCCAACGUCUCCUUCUUCUCACAAUUGUAAACACCAUGUCUUCCCAAGCUUCCACGGGGCAGAUGUCCGCACGAACUUUCUCAGCCACGUCGUCAAGGAGCUCAAGAGCAAAGGAAUCGACCUAUUCAUUGACAAUGAUAUAGAGAGAAGUAAGUCCAUCGGUCCUGAGCUCGUAGAAGCUAUUAGAGGAUCCAGGAUUGCGAUUGUCUUGCUCUCGAAGAACUACGCCUCUUCCACAUGGUGCUUGAACGAGCUUGUUGAGAUCAUCAAGUGCAGAGAAGAGUUGGGGCAAACAGUGAUGCCUCUUUUCUAUCAAGUGGAUCCAACUGAUGUAAAGAAACAGACUGGUGAUUUCGGUAAAGUCUUUAAGAAAACCUGUAAAAGAAAGUCAAAGGAGGAGAUCCAAAGAUGGAAACGUGCUUUGACGGAAGUUGCCCAAGUCGCAGGUUUCCACUCAUCAAGCGGGAAGAAUGAAGCAGAGAUGAUUGAAGAUAUUGCCACUGAUGUUUCAAACAAGUUGAACCUUUCCGCACCAUGCACUGAUUUCGAUGGCUUAGUUGGGAUGGAAUCUAAGAUGACAGAAAUGAGAUCACUGUUACAGCUAGAUUCCGAUGAGGUGAGAAUAGUAGGGAUCUUGGGUUCGCCUGGGAUUGGUAAGACAACCAUUGCUAGAGCUAUAUUCAACCGACACUCCCAAGAUUUUCAACUGAGUAUCUUUAUGGACAAUAUCAAAAGAAAGUAUGCAGUACCAUCUUGUUCUGAUGACUACAGUGUGAAGUUGUAUUUACAAGAGCAACUUAUGUCUCAACUAACCAAUGAGAAGAAUAUCAAAAUUCCACAUUUGGGUAUUGCCAAAGACAGGUUGAAAGACAAAAAAGUUCUUGUUGUCCUUGAUGAUGUUGACCGAUCAAUACAACUAGAAGCCAUGGCGAAAGAAACUAGUUGGUUUGGUCAUGGGAGUCGGAUUAUUAUCACAACACAAGAUGAAACUGUUUUAAAAGCAAGUGGGAUCGACCAUGUACACAGGGUGAACUUACCAUCAGACGAUGAGGCUCUUCAAAUCUUCUGCAUGUAUGCUUUUGGUCAAAAAGACCCAAAGGAUGGUUUCAAGGAGCUUGCUUGUCAAGUUAGAUAUCUUAUAGGUAAACUUCCACUGGGACUAAGGGUUAUGGGCUCCUAUUUCCGAGGGAUGUCUGAGCAAGAUUGGAAAGAGGAACUACCAAGGUUAAGGACACACCUUGACAGAGAUGGAGAAAUUGCAAGCAUUUUAAAGUUUAGUUAUGAUGCCUUAAAUGAUGAAGAUAAAAGUUUAUUUCUUCAUAUAGCCUGCUUUUUCAAUUCUCUGCAAAUUGAUAUAAUGGAAGACUGUCUAGCAAAAUGCUUCAGUGUGAGAAAAGGGCUUCGCGUCUUAUCUGAAAAAUCUCUCAUACAUACUGAAAAUGGAAGGAUAUAUAUGGCUAAGUUGCUAGUCCAACUAGGAAGACAAAUUGUGCAAAAAGAAUCCGGAAAACGCCAGUUUUUGAAUAACACAAGCGAUAUUGGUGAAGUACUUAGUGAUGAAGAAGCGGGUAGUAACAGUGUCAUAGGAAUAUUGCUUGAGCUGCCUGAUAAGAUAACAUUGACAGGUGAAAGAGCCUUUGAAAGAUUCUCUAAUCUUCAAUUCUUAAGAAUCUUUGGCCUAGACGUUAAUCCGCAAAGUAUUAACUACAUAUCCCAAAAACUUAGAGUACUAAUUUGGUCGCAGUUCCAGAUGUCUUGUUUUCCUUCAAGUUUUAAUCCAGAGUUCCUAGUCCAACUACGCAUGCGGGAUAGCUGUCUUAAGAAACUGUGGAAAGAAAAUAAACUGCUUAACAAUCUAAAGCUGAUGGAUUUGAGUUUUUCAUAUGAUUUGGAAGAGCUUCCUGAUCUCUCAACUGCCACUAAUCUAUAUGCCUUGAGUCUCAGUUAUUGCUCAAGCCUGGUGGAACUCUCUUCCUCUAUUGGUAAUGCAAUUAAUCUCCAAAAGUUGGAUCUCAGCGGUUGUUCAAGUCUUGUAGAUCUCCCUUCCUCUAUGAGAAACCUUCCUAAAUUGUCAAAACUGGAAUUAAAGGAAUGCUCAAAGCUAGAGGUUAAUCUGGCCAACAUUAACUUGGAAUCUCUAGAAGAACUUGAUCUCUCAGAAUGCUAUUUGUUGAAAAGUUAUUCCGCAGACAUCCAAGAGCCUGAUCCAUGGAAAAGGAGAAUAUCUCGUUUAAAGUUUAUUAAACUAAGUGGGAUGAAGAAGCUGGUAUCACUCCCACAGCUACCGGAUUCGUUAUCGGCACUAGAUGCAGAAAAUUGCGAGUCCCUAGAGAGACUAGAUUGCUCCUUUUGCAGUCCAGAUAUUCGUCUUAACUUCACAAACUGCUUCAAACUAAAUCAACAAGCAAGAGAUCUCAUCGUCCACACACCAACAAAUAAAUAUGCGGUAUUUCCCGCUGAAGAAGUGCCUAUGUGCUUCACUGACCGAUCUUCUGGGAGUUCCUUAACUGUGAAUUUGAAUCAAUUGCCCGUUGGCAAAUCAACCCGAUUUAAGGCUUGCAUCAUAGUAGAACGAGUUUUUCCUGGUAAUCUGUGCACAUUCGAGGGUGAGGUUGAUGAAACAGAAGAUCUAUUUUCUGAUGAUGAGGGAGAAGAGGAGUCUAGAAGAUACUCGGGAUCUAUCUGUUGUAGCAUCACGUCACGAGGGAAUUCUCUCACUUAUUGUAAAAAAAAACAAGUAGAAGGAGUUUUGCCAGGGCAUCUGUGCACAUUCGAGGUUGAGGUUGAAACAGAAGAGGUUACUUCCACCGAGCUUCUUUUUGAUUUCGGGCUCCUCAUUUCCGAUUCCAAAACAUGGACGGUAAAUGAAUGCGGGAUACUCCAACUCCCGGAGGUCCCUUCAGAUAUUGAUGAUGGUGUCAAUAGACUAGCUCUUUUGUGAUUCUGUCUCAUUUAUGAUUCCCUGAUAAAUGUUUACUUCUAGUCUAGUCGUGUAACUCCUCCUAUUUUAGUAUCUUUGGGUACUUACUUCUUGAGGAAUUAGAGUUCGACCACGGAAAAAUGUAUUACGGAAAA